GCCCCCUGGCGCCGCCGCCGCCGGAGCCAUUUCGCCGCGGCCGCUUCGAUGCAAGUUGCGGUGCGCUUGCCGGGCGUCCCCGAGGAAGGCCGGAGUCACGGACGGUCCUAAGAGGGCUGCGCUCCCGGGCACCAGGCAGCGGAGGCCGGUCUGAAAAAAACAUUUGAAUCAUGGGUGAUGUUAAAAAUUUUCUGUAUGCCUGGUGUGGCAAAAGGAAGAUGACACCAACCUAUGAGAUUAGAGCAGUGGGGAACAAAAACAGGCAGAAAUUCAUGUGUGAGGUUCGAGUGGAAGGAUAUAAUUACAUUGGCAUGGGCAAUUCCACCAAUAAAAAAGAUGCACAGAGCAAUGCUGCCAGAGAUUUCGUUAACUAUUUGGUUCGAAUAAAUGAAGUAAAGAGUGAAGAAGUCCCAGCUAUUGGGGUAGCACCCCCUCUGCCCCACCUUACCGAUUCACCUGACACCACAGGAAAUACUGGUGAAGGUUUACCAACCACCAUGGGAGGACCUCUUCCUCCACAUCUGGCUCUCAAGACAGAAAAUAAUGGCGGAGUUGGGGCCUCUGGCUAUGGUGCUUCUGGGCCUACGUGGGAUCGAGGAGCCAACUUGAAGGAUUAUUACUCAAGAAAGGAAGAACAGGAAGUACAGGCGACUCUAGAAUCAGAAGAAGUGGAUUUAAAUGCUGGGCUUCACGGGAACUGGACCUUGGAAAAUGCUAAGGCUCGUCUAAACCAAUAUUUCCAAAAAGAAAAGAUCCAAGGAGAAUAUAAGUACACCCAAGUGGGUCCUGAUCACAACAGGAGCUUUAUUGCAGAAAUGACCAUUUAUAUCAAGCAACUGGGCAGAAGGAUUUUUGCACGUGAACAUGGAUCAAAUAAAAAACUGGCAGCACAGUCCUGUGCCCUGUCACUUGUCAGACAGCUCUACCAUCUUGGAGUGAUUGAAGCGUACUCUGGACUUACAAAGAAGAAAGAAGGAGAGACAGUGGAGCCUUACAAAGUCAACCUCUCUCAAGAUUUAGAGCAUCAGCUGCAAAACAUCAUUCAAGAGCUAAAUCUUGAGAUCAUGCCCCCACCUGAUGAUCCUUCGGUGCCUGUUGUACUCAACCUUGGCAAAUUGGCUCACUUUGAGCCAUCUCAGCGACAAAGCCAAAUGGGUGUGGUUCCUUGGUCACCUCCUCAAUCCAACUGGAAUCCUUGGACUAGCAGCAACAUCGAUGAGGGGCCCCUGGCUUAUGCUACACCAGAACAAAUAAGCAGGGAUCUCAAGAAUGAAUUAAUGUACCAGUUGGACCAGGAUCAUGAUUUGCAAGCUAUUUUGCAGGAGAGAGAGUUACUGCCUGUGAAGAAAUUUGAAAGUGAAAUCCUGGAAGCAAUUAGUCAAAAUUCAGUUGUCAUUAUCCGAGGUGCUACUGGAUGUGGUAAAACCACACAAGUUCCUCAGUUUAUCCUAGAUGACUUCAUCCAGAAUGACCGAGCAGCAGAGUGUAAUAUUGUAGUUACUCAGCCCAGGAGAAUCAGUGCAGUUUCUGUGGCAGAGCGCGUUGCGUAUGAGAGAGGAGAAGAGCCUGGGAAAAGCUGUGGCUAUAGUGUUCGGUUUGAGUCUAUACUUCCCCGCCCUCAUGCCAGUAUAAUGUUUUGUACUGUAGGUGUGCUCCUAAGAAAAUUAGAAGCAGGCAUUCGAGGAAUCAGUCAUGUAAUUGUAGAUGAAAUACAUGAAAGAGACAUAAAUACAGACUUCCUUUUGGUCGUGCUGCGUGAUGUGGUUCAGGCUUAUCCUGAAGUCCGCAUUGUUCUCAUGUCUGCUACUAUUGAUACCAGCAUGUUCUGUGAAUAUUUCUUCAGUUGCCCCAUCAUCGAAGUUUAUGGGAGGACUUACCCAGUUCAAGAAUAUUUUUUGGAAGACUGUAUUCAGAUGACCCACUUUGUUCCUCCACCAAAGGACAAGAAGAAGAAGGAUAAGGACGAUGAUGGCGGUGAGGAUGAUGAUGCAAAUUGCAACCUGAUCUGUGGUGAUGAAUACGGUCCAGAAACAAAGAUGAGCAUGGCUCAACUGAAUGAAAAAGAAACUCCUUUUGAACUCAUUGAGGCUCUGCUGAAGUACAUUGAGACCCUCAAUGUCCCUGGAGCCGUAUUGGUCUUUUUGCCCGGUUGGAAUUUGAUUUACACCAUGCAGAAGCAUUUGGAGAUGAAUCCACAUUUUGGAAGUCAUAGGUAUCAGAUUCUACCUCUGCAUUCUCAGAUUCCUCGAGAAGAACAGCGUAAAGUAUUUGAUCCAGUACCGGGUGGAGUAACCAAGGUUAUUUUGUCCACAAAUAUUGCUGAGACAAGCAUUACCAUAAAUGAUGUUGUUUAUGUCAUUGACUCCUGCAAGCAGAAAGUAAAGCUGUUCACUGCUCACAACAAUAUGACCAACUAUGCUACAGUAUGGGCGUCCAAAACGAACCUCGAGCAGCGGAAAGGACGAGCUGGCCGUGUACGGCCUGGGUUCUGCUUUCACCUCUGUAGCCGAGCUCGUUUUGAGAAACUCGAAACCCACAUGACACCAGAGAUGUUCCGGACACCGUUGCAUGAAAUCGCUUUGAGCAUAAAACUUCUGCGUUUGGGAGGAAUUGGCCAAUUCUUGGCCAAGGCAAUUGAACCUCCACCUUUGGAUGCUGUGAUUGAAGCAGAGCACACUCUUAGAGAGCUUGAUGCACUGGAUUCCAAUGAUGAGUUGACUCCUCUGGGACGAAUCCUAGCUAAACUCCCCAUUGAGCCUCGUCUUGGCAAAAUGAUGAUAAUGGGGUGUAUUUUCUAUGUGGGUGAUGCUGUCUGUACCAUCUCCGCUGCCACCUGCUUCCCAGAGCCUUUCAUCAGUGAAGGAAAGCGACUGGGUUAUAUCCAUCGAAAUUUUGCUGGAAACAGGUUUUCUGAUCACGUGGCCCUUUUAUCAGUAUUCCAAGCGUGGGAUGAUGCUAGAAUGGGUGGAGAAGAAGCAGAGAUACGUUUUUGUGAGCACAAAAGACUCAAUAUGGCUACACUGAGAAUGACUUGGGAAGCCAAAGUUCAGCUCAAAGAGAUUCUGAUCAAUUCUGGAUUUCCAGAAGAUUGUUUGUUGACACAAGUGUUUACUAACACUGGACCAGAUAAUAAUUUGGAUGUUGUUAUCUCUCUUCUGGCCUUUGGUGUGUACCCCAAUGUGUGUUAUCAUAAGGAAAAGAGAAAGAUUCUCACCACUGAAGGGCGUAAUGCACUUAUCCACAAGUCAUCUGUUAAUUGUCCUUUUAGCAGCCAAGACAUGAAGUACCCAUCUCCCUUCUUUGUAUUUGGUGAAAAGAUUCGAACCCGGGCCAUCUCCGCUAAAGGCAUGACCUUAGUCACUCCCCUGCAGCUGCUUCUCUUCGCCUCCAAGAAGGUCCAGUCAGAUGGGCAGAUUGUGCUCGUAGAUGACUGGAUCAAACUACAAAUAUCUCAUGAAGCUGCUGCCUGUAUCACUGCUCUCCGGGCAGCCAUGGAGGCUCUGGUUGUUGAAGUAACCCAACAGCCCGACAUGAUCAGCCAGCUGGACCCCGUUAAUGAACGUAUGCUGAACACGAUCCGCCAGAUCUCUCGGCCGUCCGCUGCUGGUAUCAACCUUAUGACUGGCAGUACACGGUAUGGAGAUGGUCCACGUCCUCCCAAGAUGGCCCGAUAUGACAAUGGAAGUGGAUAUAGAAGGGGAGGUUCUAGUUAUGGCGGUGGAGGCUAUGGCAGCGGAGGCUACGGAGGUGGCGGAGGCUAUGGUAGUAGUGGAGGCUACGGUGGCAGCGGCUAUGGUGGUGGCUCCAACUCCUAUCGGGGAGGCUAUGGUAGAGGUGGUGGCAGAGGCUAUAGAGGCGGCUCCCGAGGUGGCUAUAGAGGCAGCGCGGGAGGAGACUACAGAGGGUCUAGUGGAGGAGGCUACAGAGGGUCUGGGGGAUUCCCGCGCGGAGGUGGCCGAGGGGGCUAUGGGAGCGGCUACUCUGCUCAAGGAAGAGGAGGUGGCGGCUAUUAAGGCUUGGUUAUGUCGGUGCCUAUGCAUAGACCAUAGAAAACAACGCAUGAUACCUAUCUUCCCAAGUUUACAUGCUGCUGACCGGUAAACCUAUUUUUCACCCAUUCUGUGGUUCAGUGUGGUUUAAGGAAACCAAGCAUAUAGAUACAUUAGUGAUUUUGUUUAUAUUAUGUAAAAUAAUGAUCUAUUAUAAAAGUACCACAGUUUGUAUUUUUUCUUUAAGGAGUAAAGAUUUGCUUUUAAAAUUGACUUGAUAUUUUCUUGGCUGUAGUUUAAUACAAUAGGAAAUAAAAUAUUACACUGAA